GCCUUGUCCACGGGCCACACCUCAGACUCCAACUUUCACAAGAGAGCAGAGGAGCCCCAAGUCUUGGGGACCUCAGAAGAUGCCAUGUGCUCCACGAUGUCCCCCCCCACCUGCCUGGCCCGCUUGCCUCCCUGCUUCCUGCUGCUGGCACUGGUCCUUGUCCCCUCAGAUGCCUCUGGGCAGAGCGGCAGGAAUGACUGGCAGGUGCUACAGCCCGAGGGCCCCAUGCUGGUGGCAGAAGGUGAGACACUUUUACUGAGGUGUAUGGCGGUAGGCUCCUGCACUGAUGGUAUGAUAAAAUGGGUCAAGGUGAGGACUCAGGACCAACAGGAAAUUUAUAACUUUAAAUAUGGCUCCUUCCCUGGGGUAAUGCCCAUGAUCCAACGGACAUCAGAACCACUGAAUUGCGAUUAUUCCAUCUAUAUCCACAACGUCACCAGGGAGCACACUGGAACCUACCACUGUGUGAGGUUUGAUGAUUUGAGUGAACACUCAGAAAUGAAAUCGGAUGAAGGCACCUCAGUGCUUGUGAAGGGAGCUGGGGACCCUGAACCAGACCUGUGGAUCAUCCAGCCCCAGGAAUUGGUGUUAGGGACCACUGGAGACACUGUCUUUCUGAACUGCACAGUGCUUGGAGACGGUCCCCCCGGACCCAUCAGGUGGUUCCAGGGAGCUGGUCUGAGCCGGGAGGCCAUUUACAACUUUGGAGGCAACUCCCACCCCAAGGCGACAGCGGUGCGGGCCUCCAACAGUGACUUCAGCAUUCUUCUACAAAACGUCUCCAGUGAGGAUGCAGGCACCUAUUACUGCGUAAAGUUUCAGAGGAAACCCAACAGGCAAUACCUGUCUGGACAGGGCACCAGGCUGAAAGUGAAAGCAAAAUCUACCUCUUCCCAAGACGCAGAAUUCACCAGUGAACAUGCAACUGAGAUGUCUCCAACAGGCCUCCUGGUUGUGUUCGCACCUGUGGUCCUGGGGCUGAAGGCAAUUACCUUGGCUGCACUCCUACUGGCCCUGGCUACCUCUCGGAGGAGCCCUGGGCAAGAAGAUGUCAAGACCACAGGCCCAGCAGGAGCCAUGAACACCUUAGCAUGGAGCAAGGGUCAAGAGUGAGGGGUCAGCCCCAGAGUGGGGAUCCUCUGAGUUGGAGAGGAGCCAGGGCUCCUCAACCAUUUCCCUACCUCCAGUCCCAGCCUCCUCCAGGUGCCCCCAGGCCUCAUGACAAACUCCUAGAUCCCUGCAUCUGGUUUUGGUCCACCUAGUGAAAUUUCCUUCUUUGCACCGGGCUUCCCUCUAAAAUGUCUCCCUUUCUCUUUUUGGCCUGUUCAAGACCUCCUUGCUUUUCAGUCCCUGGCUCAGUCUCUCCUCAACACCCUUGCCCCUACUGCAGCCCUUUCUGGUGUGUCCUGCCCCUUUCCCCACCUUACUACAUCCUUCUUGGCCUCCAACAUCCAACUCAGGGUCUUCUUCCCAGGAGAUGUCCCUAAGCAUCUCUGAGCUCAACCAGCCAGACCAUCUGUGCCCCUCCAUCUACACCUUUCUCCCCACCCCUUCCUGCCUUACUUCCAUCCCCCUCGUGGCAGGCUUGGGCAGCUGUAAUAUUAGAUGCAGGUUCAGCAACUAUAACAAAGCUCUUAAAUAACAGUGGCUUAAACCAGUGGAAAUCAACCAGAAAGUUGACCAUCAGCAGGCCGAGCAAUACAGAGACUCCCUGGUAUUGAAACCCAGGAUUCAUUGAUCUCAUUGCUACCAAGUCCACCUUCUAGGCAGCCAGACUGGAGAAGAAGGCAGGGAAGGGGAGCAGGACCCUCCCCUUUAAGGGCACAGUCAGGAACUUGGCCACCUCACUUAUCUCUACUUGGCUGGAAUGUGGUCACAUGGUCACACCUAGCGGCAAGAAAGGCUGGGAAAUGUAGCCUUUAUUUCUGGCAGCAAUGUGCCCAGCUGCAAGUUUUCACUAGAGAAACAGGAUGGUAGAUAUCAGGGGAUAACCAGUUAUCUCCACCACAGCAGCAUACAGACAGCCUCUCACCUGCCCUGUGGGACACCUGAGUUCAAUGCCCAGCUAGCUAGCCAGCACUUCUUCCCACCAUCACCUCCCCUGGGGCAGCACGAUGUGGGGCAGUAGUUCCCAAGACGAGUGAUUUUGCCCCCAUUGGACUUUUGGCAAUGUCUAGAGAUGUUUUUGGUUGGCACAGCCUAGGGGGUGCUACCACCAUCUAGUGGACUGAGAAGCCCUGACAUGGGGAAGAGUGUGCAUGCCAAGGUGUCAGACACACCUGCCUUUAACCCUGAGGCCUCUGCCCCCUCCCUGUGCGCCCUCAGUGACUAAUCAGAGUCCCUUCACAUCACAGAACAUCCAGGAUACUAAUGUGGACUUCUCUGCAUUGUGUAAGAACCAAUUCAAGACCAGGCACGUGGCUUAUGCAUGUAAUCCCAGCACUUUGGGAGGCCGAGGUGAGUGGAUCACCUGAGUUCAGGAGUUUGAGACCAGCCUGGCUAACAUGGUGAAACCUCGUCUCUACUAAAAAUACAAAAAAUUAGCCAGGCAUGGUGGUGUGUGCCUGUAAUCCCAGCUACUUGGGAGGAUGGGGCAGGAGAACCGCUUGAACUGAGAGGUGGAGGCUGCAGUGAGCUGAGAUCGCGCCAUUGCACUCCAGCCUGGGCAACAAGAGCAAAACUCUGUCUCUAAAAAAAAAAAAAAAAAAAAAAAAAAAAAAGAACCAAUUCAAUUCUGCAUUUACUGAGGGCCUACUAUGUGCUGUGUGCACUGCGUGCACUCGAUACAUGUAAAUUCCCUGUUCUCUUUCCAGGCAAACAUUUAUUAGCACUCACUAUAGCAGGGAGUAGAUGAGUCUAGAUGUUUUUCAUUACCACAAACAGAAAAACAGCUUGAACUAAGCCAGAGAGAACAGUAAUUUAGUCUGAGAAUGGAAUAAAAAUUGAAUUACCAGACAUUAGAGAGGGUAGGGAAGGUAGGCUGAAUACUAACCCCCACCCCAAAGAUAUCCAUGUCCUAAUCUCUGGAACCUGUGACUGUUACCUUGUAUGGCAAAAAACACACACACACACACACACACACACACACACAAAGAAAAAAGAAAAAAAAGACUAUGCAGGUGUGAUUAAAUUAAGAAUCUUGAGAUGGGGGUGGGGGUUUAUCCUGGAUGAUCUAAGUGAGCCCUAAAAGAGAUGUUAAGUAUCCUUACAAGAAAGAGACAGAAGGAUCUUCGAUGUAGAAGAGAAAGCAAUGUGACCACAGAGGCAGAGUUUGGAGUGAUGUGACCACAGGUUAAGGAACGCCAGCAGCCACCAGAAGCUGGAAGAAUCAAGGAAGAAAUUCUCCCCCUGGAGCCUCCGGAGGAAGCAUGGCUCUGCCAAUACCUUGAUUUCAGACUUCGGGACUUCAGAAAUAUGAGAAAAUAAAUUUCUGUUGUUUUAAAUUA